AUGGCCCCCCACGCUGCUGCUGGUGCUGGUGCUGGCACUGCCGGCGAUGCGGCUCAGAAGGCCGCCGUCGUCGAAGGGACGCUGACCGUCGCCAACGUCGCCGCCAACAGGACCAGGUGUGCCCUCCCCAAGGGUGUCGCCGCCUUCUCCGACAGCAGCAUGUUCAAGAGCGCGACACCCUCAAAGGAGCGCUUUUUACUGACUGGCUGGCACUUCGACGGGACAGGCUACCUUACCGAAGAGAGCAAGCUGCGAAAGAUUUACGCUUCGAGGAUCAAGCUGACGCCGAUAAUAGAUGUGAUCUCUCUGGGGGGUGGCCUGCCGUCCCAGGAAUACUUCCCCUUCCACGAGAUCUCCGUCAAAGCUCCCAGCCCUCGCCAGUUUGCAGACCCGGCCCCGGCUAAUCCCGAGUGCGUCUUCUCCUCCACCAAGCAUGAUGUGGCAGACGGAACGAGCGAUUUCGAUCUCGAAGUGGCUCUCAACUACGGCCAGUCCGUCGGAUACGCUGCUCUCGUGCGAUGGAUCACCGAACAUGUCGAGAUCGUUCAUAACCCUCCGUAUGGAGAUUGGGAAAUCACCAUGGCGCCCGGGAGCACGCAGGGAUGGGACUUUGUUCUGCGCAUGCUCUGCAAGCCCGGCGACAUGAUUCUCACGGAAGAAUACACUUUCUGCUCUGCCAUGGAGGGUGCCGCUGCCCAGGGUGUCACCCCUUUCCCCGUCAAGGUCGACGCCGAAGGCCUCCUCGCUACCUCUCUGGACGAAAUCCUCACCAAUUGGGACCCGGCUGCACACGGCGGUGCUCGCAAGCCAAUCGUGCUCUACACCGUUCCCUCCGGCCAGAACCCAACGGGCGCCACACAGAGCGCCGAACGACGCAGGGAAGUCUACAAGGUCGCCCAGAAACACGACAUCAUCGUCGUCGAGGAUGAGCCAUACUACUUCCUCCAGAUGGAGCCCUACACGGGGCUCAACACACCCACCCCUCCCCCGCCUGCAACCACCGACGAGUUCCUCAAGACACUCAUCCCUUCAUACCUCAGCAUGGACACAGACGGGCGCGUUAUCAGACUCGACUCUUUCUCCAAGGUGCUCUCCCCCGGCUCUCGUGUCUCAUUCCUCGUUUCCUCCGCCCAGUUCACAGAACGCAUGAUCAGACAAGCCGAAACUUCCACCCAGGCUCCUAGUGGAAUGGCUCAGAUCAUACUCUACAAACUCCUAGACGAGUCAUGGGGCCAUGAGGGAUAUCUCAAGUGGCUCAUCCACAUCCGCAUCGAGUACACAAAGCGCAGAAACUGCAUCAUGGAUGCCUGCGAGGAGUUCCUACCCAAGGUUGUGGCGUCCUGCAACCCUCCGACCGCAGGCAUGUUCAACUGGAUGCGGGUUGACUGGAAGAAACAUCCUGCCUACCAGCAAGGAAAGGACCACAAGGCUAUUGAAGAAAUGAUUUUCCUGGCCGCCGUCGAUGCUGGUGUCCUUGUUUCACGCGGAAGCUGGUUCUUGGCCGACCAGUCGGCUACCGAGGAAGAUAUGUUCUUCAGGUCGACCUUCGCCGCUGCCCCGGCAGACAAGAUCAGGGAAGCCAUCAGGCGGUUUGGCGAGGUCCUCAAGGCCCAGUUCAACAUCCAGUAG